AGGUGCGAUUAUAACUUAGGAGCAUUAUUCUUGUCAUCUAUGCGUUUCGGAAGGAAGAAAAUGUCGAAUAUUUUAGCACUAAGUUCUCUGAAAUUGGAUAUUCCGAGUGGAAAAAAGGCCGGGGAGAUAAUUAACAAUACAGGAAAUUUGUCAGGAAUUACGUUCUCCGUAGACGAUGCAGUCAACAAAGCUGGUUACGGAGCAUUUCAAGUGCGAAUAACUUGCCUGGCAGGACUAGGAUGGUUAGCAGAUGCCUUUGAAAUUAUCAUCUUGUCUGUGAUUGGAGAUUUUAUUGCAUGUGACUGGCCAUUAUACAGAUGGCAGAACGCCCUGCUGACAUCAAUGGUGUUUGCAGGCAUCAUGAUAGGCGCCCCUACAUUAGGAAUCGCUGCUGAUAUAUACGGAAGGAAAAAGUCCCUCACUGCGUCUGUGAGUUUGUUGUUCCUGUUUGGAACCGUGAGUGCGGCCUCUCCCUCCUUCAUAUGGAUGGCUGUCUUCAGAUGUUGCAUGGGAUUUGCUCUUGGUGGCGUUGCACAAGGGCUGACCUUAUGCUGUGAAUAUUUCCCAACGAAUAUCCGUGGAAAAGCUGGAUUCUACUUGUGUUACUUCUGGUCUGUUGGCACAAUCGGUGUCAUCCUCAUGACUUGGGUCAUUAUGGAGUAUUUGAACAAUUGGAGAAUUCUCAUAGCAGCCGCUACUAUUCCUGUCUUUCUCGUUAUCAUCUCACUCAAGUGGUAUCCUGAAAGCGCGAGGUACUAUCUCGUGAGCAACCGCCACGAGGAAGCGAGGAAAAUUCUGGAAAAGAUGGCCACCAUGAACGGCACACAGUUACCAUAUGGACACCUGAUAGAAGUCUCACAAUGCAAGAGGCGGGGAAGAUUCUGGGACUUGCUCAGCAAAGAAUAUAGAAAGUCAACUCUCUUGUUCUGGUACAUCUGGUUGGCUGUGGCAUUUACCUAUUACGGUAUUACUCUCAUCACUCCUACUAUCAUUCAGAAAGGAAGUCUUCUUGCAAGUGAGGACCAAAACAGUACAAACUUUUCUUAUUUUGACGAUUUAUCUCAGCGGGUGCCAUGUACGCAAUUCACUCGACAAAACUACAUUGAUCUCCUCUGGAGCACCGCCGCCGAAUUUCCAGGCCUCAUCAUCUUUACGUUCCUCAUAGAGCACUGUAAUCGUAAAGUUCUUCUCGGUAGCUCCUGUGCAAUAAGCGGCGUACUGGUCUUUCUUCUACUGCUAAAUACUCAGUACAAAAUCCUCAUCCUGCUGUUUUUGUUUGGAGCUCGAGCUAUCAUUCUAGCUGAUUUUCAGCUCAUUUUUGUGAUGACAACAGAA